AGGGAAGGAGAAUGCAGUGCAGGGUUUCUUUGUUGAGCUAUAAUGGGAUGUUCCAGCACAGUCCAUGUGCAUUUUUCCCCAGUCAGGACUGUCGCUUUAAGACAACGAUAGCUUUGUGUCUGAUUAAUUCAAUGUACGGCGACGCGUUAGCGGAGAAACCUUAUUAGACUUCAGCCACACAGAGAGACGGAGGAGAGGAGCGGAGAGGAGAGAGGGAGCAGAGCGCUGCAGGAGGACAGAGUUUUAAAUUAAAAAGGAAAAAAAUCAGAAAAAAAACACGUUAAGUUAUUGAUAUUAAUAAUAAAAAAAGACGUGGGUGGUUUUAGAAGAUGAAGACAUCUUGAGGAUGGGUUGCACGCGUUUGGAGUAAAAAAAAAAAAAGUCUGCAUCAUCGCGCACGGAGGAAAGGAGCGUUUUUUUUCCACCAUCAGCCGGAGUUGAAGCAGAAGAUCGGAAGGGAUGGCGUCGGAAAAACACGGUCUCGAUGACUCUGGCCGUCAGACCAUGCAGCCUCCUCCGUACCUCCCCGGCCCGCAGGACCCCAACGUACCCCAACACCCGGGCAUGCAGCCCACUCCGGGCACCCAACCUAACUACCCUCCUCCGCCUCCUCCUCCGGGCUCAGAGGGAUACCUCCAGGAAACCCAGUUCCACUGCGGCCCGCUGGGACCCCAAGGGGCUCCGCAGGGCUACACAGUCCAGACCCAGGGCCCCGGAGGCGCCAUGCCUCACCCGCCUGUGGGAUACCUCCACCCGGGCUACCCGCUUCAGCUGCAGCCCUGCACAGCUUACGUACCAGUCUACCCCAUGGCAUCGGGUCAACCCUACAUGCCAGCGGCGGGAGGCCACCCGGCGAUCCCACCGGGACAGAUUCAUCCCAUGCAAAUGCCGCCCGGCAUUACCCUAAUGGACCGCCGGCCGCCACACGACUACCUGCCCAUCGCCGUGCUCACCACCGUCUGCUGCUUCUGGCCGACAGGCAUCAUCGCCAUCAUCAAAGCGGUGCAGGUGCGCACGGCGAUAGCCAGAGGGGACAUGGUGACGGCGGAAAUAGCCUCCCGCGAGGCCCGCAACUUCUCCUUCAUCAGCCUGGCCGUCGGAAUCGCCUCCAUCGUGCUGUGCACCAUCCUCACGGUGGUGGUCAUCAUCGCCUCGCAGCACCAUGACGACGACUGGGAGCCGUAACUCCGCGCAGCGUGACACAGACGGGGGGAAAAUCAUGGCAUAUAUUAGCUAGCUAAUACUACUCUCAAAUCGUCCGGAGGAGCUAGGAGCACCGAACAUGCACUCAAACUGCUACUACCACACACGGCUCUGACCUGACCUGCUGCCACCAAAACACACACAGACGACCAAAAGCGACCAAACUACCGCAGCCGACGUGCGACCACACCAAAUACAAGCAGCUGUCAAAUGAGAUCCAGUCUUGCUGUUAGCACAGCGACUGCUUAAUAUUUACAUGCUGCAGGAGGGAAACGAAGCUCCCCGCAUCAACAAUUAAUUUGACGCUGAUUAAUUCAUGUAGUUAGAAGGGGCGGAUAGGUCUCUGUGUGUCUCAAUUUUACCUACUCCGACGACGAAAAUCUUCUCAGUGGGCCCACGCGGUUAAUUUUUAGGAUAGUUAAAUGCACAUUUUAGUCUCGCCAGUACAAGUAUUCAUGUGUUUAUCUCAUUUAAAAACAAACAAAAAAAGUGCCAUGUUGAAAUAGCGUUGAUUUACAGAGUAGUGUUAUUGCUGAUAUGCUUGGACAAGAGACUGUCAAUCUGAUGUUAAGUGUUAGAUGGGGCGGGAGGGGGUUCAAUACACAUUCAACACACCAAAUGGAGACUGGACAUCUGGACCGAGCGUCCAACGUAACCAAACAGAGUAUUUAUUUGAGAUUUGUAUGAAACGUGGACAUUUUAGCUGGACGACAGGAUGAUACAUGACGCUUGAACUACCUGUUUGUUGAUUUGUUUAAAAUGUGUUAUUUAUUAAUUUAUACAAUAUCUACCCAUGCAUCGACUGUGUCUGCUCUGAUUUACGGUGUAUCACGUGCUAUCUGACACUUUGAAAUUGGCUUAGAUUUGUUAUCUGAAGAUCAUUUCUGCACUUUUUUUGUCACCCGAUGAGACUUGGUGCAGCUGCUUACAUUCAUAUAGUUCUUAUAGUGCAUGACAAAUAUAAAUUAAAGCUAAUGGGCAUCUAGUGCAAAAUAGCUUGUCUCCCAGCUGUUGAUGGGAGUAUUUCCUAAAAUAUCUACGAGUGUGUGGUACAGUAUUUUUCAAAAAUGUCAAAACAAGAAAAGGAGACAUUUUAGAUAAGUAUUUGAAUUUUUUUGCAAGUAUUUUAAGAAGUGUUUUGGGCCUAUUUUAUGUUGCACAUCUCUUAGGUAUUUAACCAGUCAGACGCUGUAUAUGAUAGUGAAACGACUUAUGAGGCAACAUAACCCUGCAUGUCAUCCUCGGUUUGUUUCCAUUUGUCUUUAAUAUUGCGGCUAGGUGUGCGGCUGUGAGCUCCUUUAGCGUUGUCUCACUGUGGUAGUACAGUGUGUCGGCGUUCACCCCACAUGGUCUCUAUAAUGUAGCGUAGCUCCAAGAAGCUCGUGUGCUGUUGCAGGUAACAGCUGCGACGUUACAGUAUGAAGUAUCACAUGACAUUAUAAGAGGACUGAAAAUGAAUGUUUCUAAGAGGAGAUAGAGGGAAAACGUUAAUACCUAUGUUGUAUUGUAGCACUUUCUGCUCUAUGAAAUCUUCCCUCUGGUCCCCUUUCUCUCUCUUUUUGUCUCUCUCCUGUCCACAUGACUUAUUGGACCUAUUAUAAUAUCCCCUCUGCCUUCCCCUUUCCUCUGAUGAUGAUGAUAUUUUUAAAAGAAUUAUAAAGAGAUAUUACAGUUAUUAAAAUUGUAUUUGUUGACAAUGAACACGAAUAGAGACAGUAUAAAUACAGUUUAUUCUGUAGUUGAUAUAUAAACAUUUAUUAUUAUUAUUAUUGCUAUCAUUAUUAUUAUUAUUAUUAUUAUUCAUUGCAUUUGAUUGUCACUCAUCGUAUAAAAUACAGUGAACUCAGUCUGGCCAGUGUUUAUCAAAUAUCUAUGAACCUCGUAUUUGCAAGAACUUUUAAGAACCAAUCAGAGACAGUAGCCCCUGUUGCUAAUCUAAGAUAUAUUGCCAUAUUUAUGCUGCAAAUAUGACGGUGGUGCAGAUCUUCUCAUCUAACUAGUGGAAAGAAAACAUGAACAAUGACACUUUGGUAAAUUAGUAAAUUUGCUUUCUUUCAGAGAGUUAUAUGAAAGGCUGUUAUCAUGCUAAUACUUGCUAAGCUUAGCUCAAACACAAGAAACAGAGGGGAGACAGCUAGCCUAGCCUUGUCUAGGGGUAACAAAAUCCACAUCUCAGUCCCUCUAAAUUGUUGUUUUUACACUUAGAUCUGUAUGUAAUGAAAAAAGAGAAGAUUAGAUGAUCAUUAUUGAGCUAUAGAUGUGCUAGUAGCUGGAUUUUAUAACCUUUGGAUAAAUCUUGGUUAACUGUGCGUCCCUUUUGCUAAUCUAAACUAAAUAGCUUCUUGCUAGCUUCAGAUGUACGACGCAAAGAUGAGAGUGGUAUUAAUCGUCUCAUCUAACUCUUGGCAACAAAGCGUAAACGAUAUUCGCUUUCUUUCAGAGAGUUAGAUGAAAAAAUUUGUUCCCACUUCAUUGACUGUGUGCUAAAUAUUAAGAUACAGCAAUGCAGUGUUUGCUUAGCUUAGCUUAGCUUAAACACUAGAGACAGGGGGAAACAGCUAGCCCGCUUGGGGUAACAAAAACCACCUCUUAGCCUCUGUUAAUAGUUGUUUUUACACUAGGUAUCUGUAUGUAAAACAAGAGAUAAUAUAUUGAUUAGUGAGAGGUGCAAGUCGGCUAACUGUUAGCUCCUGUUGCUAAUCUGAGCUAAUCAGCAUUUGGCUAGCUUUAUUUAUGCUACAAAUAUGAGUGCUAUCAAUCUUGUCUCUCAAAAUAAGCAUUAUUUUAAAGAUGUCCAUGUUUGUGAAUAAAAGUUAAGGUUUUAAGCCCUAAAUUUGACUUUUAGCUGCUUGAUAAAAACAGGCCCUGUCCUUAUAUGACUGACACGAUGAUAUUUCAGUGUUAAAAGAAUAAAUGAAGUGCUGUUUAGUAUCCUCAUUGUACAGAAGGUUCUGGCAGUGAGUGUGUGUCUACUGAAUAGAGUCACUCCUAGCAUAUCUAGUUUAUACAGAGUUUAUAGGCUGCAUCUCCCCAUGUGCUUUACGGUAGGACUCUUACGUUCUUGGAGAUGUGUUCCUCAUUUUCUUUUUGUUUUUGUUUUUUUCUCGUUUAUUUGGUUUUGUUUUUGAGCCUGUAAAUGCGAUGGGUUUGCUUGUUCAAACAGCCAAAAAUUACCUGUGUACAUGUGGUUCUCUUAUAAGGGUUUAUUACUAUAAUUAUGCUCAUGGCUGUGUUUUUGCACAUGCAUUGGUUGUUUUUCUGACUUCAGUUGUUUGAGUAAUGAAUAAAAGAAUAUUUUUUGGGGUUGUGAACGAU